CGCAUUCAUCAAUAUGUCUCACUUUGUGAUUACCGGAGUGCAGGGCGGCAGCACCGCGGAUGCUGGCCCUCCCAACCGCCUUGAGAUCAACGACUUCGUCAAGAUUGAGGAUCAAUUCUCGCUCUACAUUCAGGCACUGACGGCGAUGUCUCAGGACACGCAAGGCGACCUUACGUCGUUCUUCCAGAUCGGCGCCAUUCACGGCCUGCCAUACAUACAAUGGGACGGUUCGGGCGGGAAAGAGCCUGUCAAAAACUCACAGUGGGGUGGUUAUUGCACCCACGGCUCUGUACUCUUUCCGACAUGGCAUCGUCCCUACGUUGCUCUCUUUGAGCAAGUUCUCCAGCAGCAUGCCGCCACGAUAGCAAAGACGUAUACAGUUGACCAGGAUCGUUGGAACAAGGCUGCUGCGGACCUCCGCGCGCCUUACUGGGACUGGGCGGUUAACUCCGUCCCCCCGCCAGAGGUCAUCGCUGACAAGCAAGUCACGAUCACCCUCCCUGACGGCACACGCGGCGCCGUCAACAACCCGUUAUACGGCUAUGUCUUCCACCCUAUCGACCCCAGCUUCCCAGCACCGUACAACCAGUGGCAAUCGACGCUGCGCCACCCAGCGUCCGAUGGGCCGGAUGCGCAGACGGACGUUCAGGCACUCACUGACCAACUCCAAUCUUCCCAGGAUGACAUUACGUCGAGCACUUAUCGCCUGCUGACGCGCGUGCAUACCUGGCCGGCAUUCAGCAAUCACAGCACUGACGAUGGUGGCAGCGCCAGCAACUCUCUCGAGGCCAUCCAUGACGGCAUUCACGUCGAUGUAGGCGGCGACGGCCAGAUGGCGGACCCCUCGGUUGCAGGCUUCGACCCUAUCUUCUUCCUGCAUCACGCCAACGUGGACCGUAUGUUGUCUCUGUGGUCGGCCCUUAACCCAGGCGUUUGGACGACAAACGGUCCUGCCGAAGGCGGCACGUACACGAUUACGUCUAACGCUACUGUUGGCCCGACGACUCAAUUGACGCCAUUCUGGGAAUCGCAGUCCGGUUACUGGCUUUCAUCGCAGACGACGGCGACGGGCAAGCUUGGCUACACCUACCCCGAGUUCAACGGUCUCAACGUGAGCGACCCGCGCGCAGUCAAGGCCGCCAUUGCCAAGGCGGUUAACAGCCUGUACGGUGGCCCCAGUUUCGGUGCGUUUGCUGCCGCGGCGCCUGGUAUCGCUGCCUUUGCGGCGCCCGCUGCCAUUCACGCGACGCCUGCUGUCAGCAAGCUUGCCGCACCCCGCAAUCCACAACCCAGCGCGGAAUCAGCUCCAAACAGCGUUAGCGAUGCGGCCAGUAGCUUGUACGAUUGGGCGGUGCGGAUCCACGUCAAGAAGUACGAGCUCAGCGGGAGCUUCUCCGUGCUUAUUUUCCUUGGGCCGGUCCCCGAAGACCCGCGCGAGUGGCGCAGGAGCCCGUCCUUCGUCGGCGCGCAUCACGCGUUUGUCAACUCCUCUGCAAGCCAGUGCGCGAACUGCCACAACCAGGCGGCUGCCGGUUACGUCACCGAGGGCUUCGUUCACCUCAACACAGCAAUCGCGCGUCUGUCCGAGAUUCAUUCCUUCGAACCCUCCGUCGUCGAACCGUACCUCAAGCGCGAGCUCUCGUGGCGCGUUGUGCGCGCGAACAAGACCGCUGUCGACCUCAACGAUGUGCCCUCACUGGAGGUCGUUGUUUGUGCCACUCAGCUCACACUCCAGCCCGGCGCUGACCUCCCGGAGCAUGGCACGCCGCAGUAUUUCACUGGGAUCACGGCUGGUCGCCAGGGUGGUGCGAGGACCGAGUAGGUGAGGUCUAGCGACGAAGCACACGAGCAGAACAAUCUUGACUCCCAUUGUAGAAAGAUAUUCAGCGCUAACAUUGUACACUAGCUGCUGGCCGUGUCUAUUGCUUCCUAUCUGUUGCCCCCGCAGAUACCGCUGUGCUUCCUGUGACUUCGAUUUUACGCAUGUCUAGUACUGUACCCAUAGUUCAGAAUGAUCUGGCCCUUGAUCGAGAGGCUCAACGACC